AUGAUGAACGACGAUAAAGAUGAUAAUUAUGAAAGUAAUAAAAAUGAAAAAGCCCAUGACGACAAUGGACAGGAUGAAAUUGAUCCAUUAGACGAAUUUAUGUUAGAAAUAGAUAAAGUCAUCGAAGAAGAAAAACUUAAAAAAGAACGCGAGGAAGAUAUAUUUAAUAAAGAGAUAGGGAAUGAGUCUGAAAAUGCUAUAGAUUGUUAUGCAAAAUCGUCAAGAAAAUGGGAAAAGAGUAAAAAUAUAAAUGACACCGAUCAAAAGUAUCAAAUUGAUAAAAAAAAUAAGAACAACAAUAAUGAUGGCAAGGAUGAUAACAGUUUAGAUGAUAAUGAUGUGACUGCAGAUAUUUAUGAAUUUUUGGAAAAAAAAAAUGAAGAAUUAAUGAAUGAAAAAAAUAAAGAGAAAGAACAUGGAAAAAGUUUUGGUAGAACUCAAAAUUAUUUUGUAAGUGCUGGGACAAAAGAUCCACAAAUGGAAAUAAAAGAUGAUGAUAGUGAUUUUAAUGAUUUUUUAAAUGAUGGUAAUGAUAAAAAUAAAAAUGACGAAAUAAUAAUAUGUAAUAUUAAUUAUGAUGAAAUUGAAUUAGAAGAAUUUAAAAAAGAUAUAUUUGUUACUGACGAAAAUAUAAAUGAUUUUACUCUCGAACAAAGUGUGGAAUAUAAAAAAAAAAAUAAUAUAAAAACUAUAGGUUUUAAUGUACCAAAGCCAAUUUUCUCUUUUUUACAAUUAAAAAAUAUUAUAGAUAAAGAAGUUCUUGAAAAUAUGUACGAUUUGUCUAUAAGUAUUUUAUCUCCUGCUCAAUCCAUAGUAAUCCCAACAUUUUUAAGUGGUAGAGAUUUUAUAGCAAACAGUAGAACUGGGUCAGGGAAAACACUCGCAUAUAUUAUCUCGCUAAUCAUUCAUUUGAUGAACUAUAAAAAAGAAAGCAAAAAGGAUGCACAAAAAGGUGUGAAAAAAAAAAAUUCAGAUCCUCAUGCUCUUAUAUUGACACCAACUAGAGAAAUAUGUGUGCAAAUUUCUGAAGAAAUAAAUAAAAUAUCUAUGAAUAAAUUAAGUUCAACUUUAUUAUUUAACGGAAUAAAUUUUAAAAAUGCUUAUGAUGAUAUACACAAAGGGGUUGAUAUCAUAAUAGCCAACGUAAAAACGUUAAUUAACUUUGUUAAUAAAAAAUAUUUAUCAUUGACAAAUAUCAAAUAUGUUAUAUUAGAUGAAUUUGAUAAAUUAUUUUCAAAUCAAUUUAUUAAUUCAGUUAUUUCAAUAUUAAAUAAUAUACGAACUGAUUCUAUAAGAGCCUUUUUUUCUUCAACAUUUUCAGAUAGUAUUCAUGAAUUAGUCAAACCGUACUUAUCUAAAAAACAUAUUUUAAUCCAAGUAGAUGAUAAUAAUGUGUUAAUAGAUAAAAAAUUUUAUAUUGUUGAAGAAUCAUAUAAAUAUAAAUAUUUAUUACAUUCGAUUCAUCAGUUUUCAAACAAUGGGCAAGGCUUUAUUUUUUGUAAUAGUAAAAAAAAUGUGCUAGCAUUAUAUGAACGACUUAAAAAAGAAAUACAAUUAAAACAUAUAAAAUUUGAUUUUAUUUAUGGUGAUAUGGAUCAAACAGAUAGAUUAUAUAAACUGGAUUCUUUAAAAAAUAAAAGAACACAAAUAUUAAUUAGUACUGGUUUAAUGGAAAGAGGCAUAAAUGUCAUUGAUUUAAAUUUUGUAAUUAAUUAUGAUUGCCCUCGUGAUCUUUUUGUUUAUAUUCACAGAAUUGGACGAUGUUCCAGAAUGAACAAUAAAGGUUACGCUGUCACAUUUAUUACCCCAUCGGAAAAAAAAAUGGCAUAUCUUAUUUAUACCCAUUUAAAAAAUGGAAAGGAAACAAUAGAUGAAGAAUUAAAAAAUUUUAUUUUAAGAAGCAACUUGAAUAACGAUGCCGAAAUAAAAAAAUUAAAAAGAAAAAUGAAUAACCCUCAUUAUGAUAACCCAUUGAAAAAAGUAGGGCCCACAAAUAAUAAUAAUACAAUUGUAAGUUUAGGCUCCAUGCCUUUUCAAGCAAGUGCAUCACAAAAACAGAAUGAAAAACCGCCACCAAAACAGGUGCAUAUGAUUUCUCCAAAUGAUGUUUUAUCAUCUUCAAGUGAUGAAUACUAA